CGUGUAUUUUGUCAACAGUGACAAAAAGUUCUGUCGAAUUUUGUAUCGUUUUUUUCAUUUUUCCCACUCAACUUAAGUUAAUCCUAGUCGUAAUGAGACCAAUAUCCGAUCCUAACUGGAAGUUGCCCAAUAUUCCCUUGAAAAAGAUGCACCCUAAACUUCAUCAAACCUCGACUCCCUUGCCGACGAUCCAUUUGCACAAAGACGUCGCAAGAAGCGACUCAUCCCUGAGGUACCUUCACGUGAAAAGUCACCUGGAUGAGCUCGAAGAUCAACUGGUCAUCAAACGGAUCAGAUGCAAGCAGAUGGCUAAAAAACUGGUAGGAAAAUGGAACCAGUUGGAGGAGUGCGAGAAACGCCUGCGUAACUUGGUGAUAUCGCACGCAAAGUUCGUAAGGGAAAAUCUGGAGAAAAGGAUACGGGCUAACACGAGGAUGGAGCAGAACAAGCAGUUGCAACUGUCAAGGCAGGCUAGUAUCGAUGCACUGAAGAAGGAGAUGGACGUGGGGCAGUUCCUCAUGGCCGAAUUCAAGAGGGAGAUAGCUAAACACGACAUCUACGAUGUGUUUUUGACUAAGGUGGUAGAGAACGAAGAUUCCCCAUUUAAAACGAUCAACGACCUAUUGAGUAGGUACGAAUUGCUGGACUACGUUAAGGAAAAAAGGGUGAAAAAUCAGAAAACAGAAUCGUUUAUGGUUAUAAUAGUGCACCAGAAUUUGAAGGAUGCGAUACAAAUUGGAAAGGUGACUUUGAUAGGUUUAAGAAACGAGCUAAACAACCUUCGCUGCCAGUUCGAUGACGUCUGCAGAAGGAACCUAGCAACAGAAACCCUUAUCACUACUAUUGUCAACAGGACCAACGAACUGAAUGCUGAGGUGUCAUCUUGCCAAUAUAUGAUCGAUGCCAUCUAUCGGUACAUAUGCCAAAGGAGAAGGAUACCUCAGGGCGAUUACGACCUGAGAGACGUGAAGCCCAAAAUCGACGUUCUGAAGAGUACCUUAGGGGUUUGGGCGGAGAUAUUAGCUUCCUCCGAGUCGAAAAGGAAGAAAAGUUUGAGAAACCUGAGGAAAUCGCACCUUUGGAAGUCUUCGUUAGCUCAGGGUCUCUUCAUGUGGAAGAGGAAAGCAUCGAUGAAAUUGUCUGCAGCUCCUCUAAGUGAAAAUGAGAAGAAAAAGCCCAGUCUCAACAAGCUAGGAUGAGUAGGUCUAUAUCUGAGUCAUGUUGAGAAAGUUUCGUACAUUGUGUAAUUACGUAAUAUUAGGUUUUUUUGUAAGUUUAAUUACUGAAUAUAUUAUUCUUCCGGGUAUUAA